AAACAGUUUGGCUCAAUUGUGGAAAGAUGUGAUUUUUAUGAUGAGUAAAAUGAAAGAAAGUAGGAAUGAAUGAAUUAUUAGUGUAAUGGUAAUUGUAGCCCAUAAGGAGGUUAGAACGUGGCAUCCACGAUUGGGGAAAACGAAAAAGAAAGAAAGCAUCAAAGAGAAGAAGCUGUAAAUUAGCAAAAAUAAAUGGAUGGAAACGAUGGGUGGGGAUCCGUAGCAGGACUUCGUCAACCAUGACGUGACGAUGAUUCUUGUUAUCCUUAAAACCCCAUCAUCUUUUGGCCACCAUUACAACUUCCCAACUCAUCGGACUUAAACAACUUUUUAAUCUUUACCCCCCCCUUCUUCUUCUUCUUCUUCUUCUUCUUCUUCUCCUCCUCCUUCACUCCGUUUGCUGUUUCUCUUUAUUUGGGUUUUCAAUUUUAUAUCCCCCUUUUGAUUUCCUUGCAGGAUGAACUAUGAAGCUUACCCUUAUGAGGGUUUCUCUUUGAUGUGGUCCCUUGUCAAUUGAUUUUUCUUUUUUGCCGUGGAGAAUCGUUUCUUUCCUUUCUCUUUUGCUCCUCACAAAGGAUUCCACGAGUUGGGUUUUCUUUUAUAUAUAUAUAUUUUUAUUUACUUUCCAUUUAUUCGUGUUCGUAUUAAUGGGGAAUGUGAACGGGAGAGAAGAUGAGGAUGGUAACCCAUCUGGGGCUGAAGAAGAAGAUGAAGAAGUCGGUGGCCGUCGGAGUAGUUUGCCGGAUGGAUUGUCUGUGCCGCCCGAUGCCCAUCUUGGCUAUCAUGCCGGUGAUCCACCUGCAGAGUUGAUGGGUCAUUCUCCUCCUCAGAGCCCUCGUGCUAUUCCAUCUCCAUUGAUGUUUACUCCUCAAGUACCAGUCGUUCCACUGCCAAGACCUGAUGAAGUGCAUAGCUCAAGCCAAUCUUGGAUGCAUAACAGUUCAUGGUUUGAUGAAGUUGGCAGUGAACAAGGAAUCCCAACGAUGAUUACUUGGAGCCAUGGAGGCAAGGAAGUAGCUGUUGAGGGAUCUUGGGACAACUGGAAAAUGAAAAUACCCUUGCAGAGAUCUGGGAAGGACUUCACGAUUAUGAAGGUAUUGCCUUCUGGUGUUUACCAGUAUAGGUUUAUUGCUGAUGGACAAUGGAGAUAUGCUCCUGACUUGCCUUGGGCCCAAGAUGAUGCAGGCAAUGCUUACAAUAUUUUGGACUUGCAGGACUAUGUCCCAGAAGACAUCGAAAGCAUUUCCAGCUUUGAACCUCCUCAGUCCCCAGAGUCAAGUUACAACAGUUUGCAGCUUGUAGCUGAUGAUUAUUCAAAGGAGCCACCAUUGGCUCCUCCACACUUGAAAACCACACUGCUUGACAUGCCUUGCCCGUACAAUGAGAUUUUACCUCCUAUAUCAAGACCUCAACAUGUAGUGCUGAAUCAUCUUUACAUGCAGAAGGAAAGGGGCGGCCCUUCUGUUGUCGCACUUGGGAUGACUCACCGGUUCCUUGCGAAGUACGUAACCGUCGUGCUCUAUAAAUCCUUGCAGAGAUAACGUUAGAUUAGGCAUCCUGUGUAAUGAAAUUCAAAAUUCAAAGCCAUUUUUCCUUACUGUAGCUUCAUAUGGUGUUGAUGCCAUUUCAUUUUAACACUUCUGAAUCAACCAGGAAGUCUGAAUGGAUCGUUUCAAGAUUGUACCUUACAUAAUGCCACCCCUUUUUUGAUAUGACAUGCAUUCUAACCAUUUACCAAA